UGCCAAUAUACAAACAUGAUUAUGCUAUAUAGUUUAUAAUGCAGAGCUAAUUAUUUUCCUUUACAGAUGUCUAAUAAAUUUAUGAUUACUGAAAUUCUUCAAGAUCCUAUCGAAAAAUCAUCAAUUACACUAAAUAGCUCUUCAAUUGAUUCUACUCCUUUAGUCACAUAUUUCAUCAGUUCUGUAACAAGUCAAAAUCCACAGUGUACAGUUUCUACAAUAAAUAAUUUCACAUCAAAUAACUUGGAUUUAUCCAACAGUAUUCAACAUACUAUUGCAUUCAUAGAUCAUGAUCAUGCUGUUAAGCAUAAAAACUAUGAAAUCGAAAUAGGAUUGUGUUCCAACUCAUUAAACUUAUUGAAUCCAAAGGUUUACACAAAGUAUCUAUCAAAUUUAUUUAAAUCUGAAUUGAAUAAUCACUUACUCAGUCAACCAACACAAAAUGAGACUGAAAAUCAAGUUAGAUUAAGCAGCAAUAAUAACUGUUUAGCAGAUUAUCAUUAUUAUUAUCCUCAUCAUCAUUCUAUUAAUGAUAAACAAUUAAAAGAAGAAUUUUUAAAACUUUUAAACUUAAUGAUUUCCAAACAGACUAAUGAAGAUAAUUUUUCACAACCUAAACUAUCUGAAGAUGUUGAAUGUAAAGAUGAUAAUGAUAACAGUUUGUUAUUAGUAAAUGAUACUGAGAAAAAUUCUUCACAUAAUUGUCUAAAAGUUCUAGAUCUAUCAUCGAAAAUUAACCAAACUAAUCGAUCCAAACAUCAGCGUAACUUAUGGCCUAUAAUAUUCAAAGAAUUGGAAUUCAAUUGUAAGCCAAUUAUUGCAACUGAGGAUUAUCAUCAACGUAGCAUUAGUGGUAAUAGUAGUAAUCAAUUUUCCAAACCAAAUUAUCUAUUCGGUUGUGAAUCUACUAACAGUUAUACAAGUAUGGUUGAUAUGGUUAAAUCGGAUAAUGAUCUAUCACAAAAAUGGUGUUUGAAAUCUGAUGCAAAUACAAAAGCAAAUAGUUACAAUGGAAAACGGUUGAUAAAAAGAAAAUUUCGUAAAAGCUUUCUACCUAAAACUAAUCAAACAUUUGAAUUCGAACGUAAACAUAGACAAGCUUAUUCAACAGAUCAACUUGAACGUUUAGAAACAGAAUUUGAAAAAGAUAAAUAUUUAAAACUAAACAGACGGAUAGAAUUAUCAAAUGAAUUAAAUCUAACUGAGACACAAAUUAAAACAUGGUUUCAAAAUCGUAGAACUAAAUGGAAAAAGAAAUUAUACUGGUUGAAUUCUGCAAGCCGAUUAUCAGUAAAUUCUGUUAAGCACGAAAAUAGUUCAUGGUCAAUAUCUAAUAAAUCCACUACGAACAGUGAACAACAGUUUGUAGUAAAUAACUGUUAUACAAGUUUUAUACCUACUCAAUUUCAUUGAUGAUAAACUGAUCACAAGCUUUACUAAUCAUCAGUUUGUAUUUUAUCUAUUGUCUUUAUGAAAUAA